GUUGCGCCGUUAUCUUGCCGUAGGGGCGAUUUCAGGAGGCCUCGAGGGAUGUUCUCCAAUGCAUUAGAGCAUGGAUAUUACUUAAGCAUUGGAAGAAACGCGUUUGGCGGCGAGGCCGGUCGAAUGGGAACGGGACGCGGACGGAAAAUUCUGAGGACGGUCGGAGUAGGCAUAACGGUCAAUGAUGUGGCUUCGUUGAGCUGCCAAAGCUUCUUGGAUUGCGAGCGUGCUGCGCAACUGUAGAAAGCUCACCUCACUCGGGUCAUUAAUUUUUCACACGAAUGAUUACUGUGAGAAUAUAUGACUAAGACUAUACAGUUGCCAGCCACCACAAGCUUCCACAGUUGUCUCGGCGAAGGCCUCAGCGCCGACAAUAUCCUCAAAACUCGCCAUGGCCCCCUCGACAACGGUCCCAACAGUCUCGGACAUCGAAGUUCCGGAGACUCUUCUUAAAAAGCGCAAGCAGAACGAAAAGGCACGGGAGGAGCGCCUUGCUGCAGCCACUGCCGCACGUAAGGCAUCAAAGGCAAAGCGCAAGGUGAUUUUCAAACGGGCGGAGAGCUAUGUCAAGGAGUAUCUGUCAAAGGAGAAGGAGGAGAUCCGAUUGAAGCGUGCUGCCCGAACAUCUGGUGACUUCUACGUCCCUGCGGAAGCCAAGGUCUACUUUGUCGUCCGUAUUCGUGGUAUCAACGAGAUUGCACCCAAACCCCGUAAAAUCCUACAGCUCCUCCGCCUCCUCCAAAUCAACAACGGUGUUUUCGUAAAGGUCACCAAAGCUACCCAGCAAAUGCUCCGACUGGUUGAGCCCUACAUUACAUACGGCGAGCCAAAUAUCAAGUCCGUUCGCGAACUCCUUUACAAGCGCGGUUACGGGAAGGUCAACAAACAGCGUAUUCCCCUGACAAACAAUGCCAUUAUCGAGGAGUCCCUCGGCAAAUAUGACAUCCUCUCCAUAGAAGAUCUCGUUCACGAGAUCGCUACUGCCGGCCCCAACUUCAAGCAGGCAUCCAACUUCCUCUGGCCAUUCAAGUUGUCGAACCCUAAUGGUGGCUGGAGGACGCGCAAAUUCAAGCACUUCGUGCAAGGUGGUGAUUUUGGUGACCGAGAGGCCAACAUCAACAAGCUCAUCCGCCAAAUGAACUGAGUGUUUUUUUUAUUGUGGUCCGACGGUGGGGUAGUGGCGAGAUGAAGUAGUCGCAAGGUAUGCUUGGCAUGAAAUUCAUCAUGUUCCUCUAUUUUUGCCAUGUAUGCACUAUGAAAACGCGUAUGGAUUUCUUCCGACACUUCAGCAUUCAAAUA